AAAAGUAAUGAACGAUUUGAUAAUAAAUAAUUAUUCAUGUACAAAACAAUUAUUAUUUAUAGUGGUGAUAUUAACGUUUAUAUUAAUGUUUAAAGAAGUGAUUUUGGAAAAUAGUUCAUUUAUGGAUUACUUUUUUAUAGAAGAACAAUAGUAUUUAAUAAACAUAUAUUAAAAUUAAGUAGUUAAGUUAAUAGUUAACAGUUUUUUUAUUAUCUCACUACACUACUCACUCGCAAGAUGAGCACAAAAAAAGUAUCGUAUUUUUAUAAUCCGAAUGUCGGUAAUUUUCAUUAUGGGCCUGGACAUCCAAUGAAACCUCAUAGAUUAUCUGUGAUACACAGUUUAGUGUUAAAUUAUGGCUUACAUAGAAAAAUGCAAGUUUAUCGUCCUUAUCGAGCUAGUGCACAUGACAUGUGUCGAUUUCAUAGUGAUGAAUAUAUAGAUUUUCUUCAGCGUGUUACUCCACAAAAUAUACAAGGCUAUACAAAAUAUUUAAGUCAUUUUAAUGUUGGCGAUGAUUGUCCAGUAUUUGAGGGAUUAUUUGAUUUCUGCUCAAUGUACACAGGUGCCUCUCUGGAAGGAGCUAUGAAACUAAAUAAUAAUCACUGUGAUAUUGCUAUUAAUUGGUCUGGUGGAUUACAUCAUGCCAAAAAAUUUGAAGCUUCUGGUUUUUGUUACGUAAAUGAUAUUGUAAUUGGUAUCUUAGAAUUAUUAAAAUAUCACGCACGCGUGCUAUAUAUAGAUAUUGACGUCCACCAUGGUGAUGGUGUCCAAGAAGCAUUUUAUUUAACAGAUCGUGUAAUGACUGUAUCCUUCCAUAAGUAUGGUAAUUAUUUUUUCCCUGGAACUGGGGAUAUGUAUGAAAUUGGUGCUGAAAGUGGACGAUAUUAUUCAGUGAAUGUUCCAUUAAAAGAAGGCAUUGAUGAUACCAGUUACGUUCAAGUAUUUAAACCUGUGAUCUCAAAUGUUAUGGAAUUUUAUCAACCAACAGCGAUUGUACUACAAUGUGGUGCUGAUUCAUUGGCGAAUGAUCGUUUGGGUUGUUUUUCAUUAAGCACACGAGGCCAUGGUGAAUGUGUGAAAUUUGUACGCGAUUUUAAUGUUCCUAUUUUAGUUGUUGGUGGUGGAGGAUAUACAUUACGUAAUGUUGCACGAUGUUGGACAUAUGAGACAUCAUUAUUAGUGGAUGAACAAAUCUCAAAUGAGCUUCCAUACACAGAAUAUUUAGAAUAUUUUGCACCAGAUUUUACCUUACAUCCUGAUGUUGUGACCAGACAAGAUAAUGCAAAUAGUCGACAAUAUUUGGAAGCAAUUACACGGCAUGUUUAUGAUAAUUUAAAAAUGUGUCAACAUUCACCAAGUGUACAAAUGCAUGAUGUACCAGGUGAUGCCUUCACUGAAGAUGAAAAAAUUAAAGAAGAAUCCGAUCCAGAUGUUCGAUUAUCUCAAGCGGAAGAAGAUAAAUUAGUUGAACCGAAGAAUGAAUUUUAUGAUGGAGAAAAAGAUCAAGAUAAACCGGACAUUAAAGUUGAAACUUAGUUUGUAAUAAAGUAAAUUUUAUAUUUAAAAAAAAAAAGAAAAAAUACAAAAAAUCAAAAUAAAAGUUGAAUUUUAAUCAAUUUAA